CGGCGGCAGCAGCGGUGGCGACAUGAGCAGCGGGGCGGCGUCCGGGACUGGGCGGGGACGGCCCCGGGGCGGGGGGCCGGGGCCCGGGGACCCCCCACCCAGCGAGACACACAAGCUGGUGGUCGUGGGCGGCGGCGGCGUGGGCAAGAGCGCACUGACCAUCCAGUUCAUCCAGUCCUACUUUGUGUCUGACUAUGAUCCAACCAUCGAAGACUCCUAUACGAAGAUCUGCACGGUGGAUGGUGUCCCGGCCCGGCUGGACAUCCUGGACACUGCAGGCCAGGAGGAGUUCGGUGCCAUGCGGGAGCAGUACAUGCGCGCUGGCCAUGGCUUCCUGCUGGUGUUUGCUAUUAACGACCGGCAGAGUUUCAACGAGGUAGGCAAGCUUUUCACGCAGAUCCUCCGAGUCAAGGACCGAGAUGACUUCCCCAUCGUGUUGGUUGGGAACAAGGCAGAUCUGGAGACACAGCGCCAGGUCCCCCGAUCUGAAGCCUCUGCCUAUGCCGCCUCCCACCACGUGGCCUACUUUGAGGCCUCCGCCAAGUUGCGCCUCAAUGUGGACGAGGCCUUCGAGCAGCUGGUGCGAGCCGUCCGGAAGUAUCAGGAACAAGAGCUCCCGCCCACCCCACCCAGCGCCCCCAGGAAGAAGGACGGGGGCUGUCCCUGCGUCCUCCUGUAGCCCCGGUGGCACGAGAGGAGCAACCAGCAUAAGCUCUCAGGACCAGCUGCCCUCACGGAGCCUCAGUUUCCCCAUCUGGGUUUCCCAGGAUACACUACACCCCCAUCUGUAAUUCCUGGCCUCCUCCAGGACACUGCCACUGUGUGCCUUCUGCCAAUGCCUCCUUUCCCCCACCCACGCCCCUUAUCGGGGUGAGGGGCCCCCUGGGCAUCCGGGUCACUGCUGUAUAUAUAACUCCCCUCUCCACCCCCAGGGAAAUAAACGUCACUGCCAACGUCA